AGGGAAUCGUAUGUCCUCCUCCUUCGUCCUGUGCCUUCCAUAUUAUUCACUCGUGAGCUUUGGAGAUCUAUCUAGUCUCCCAUCCAUCUCCAGCGCUUCAACGCAAGGACUGUUCUCUCUCACAUCCACUUCUCUUCGUCUCCGAUCAUCUAGGAUAUCUUUGUUGUGAAUCUUCUUUGGGCUGUAAGAAGAUGACCAGAGGAAACCAGAGAGAGCGUGACCGGGAGAGAGCUUCUGCCAGGAGCGGUGCUAAGUCGAAGGGCAAAGACGAUGGAUUGACUCCUGAGCAACGUAGAGAGAGGGACGCAAAAGCGCUUCAAGAGAAAGCAGCGAAGAAAGCCGCACAAGGUGCAGGUGAUGCGGGAGGUAGCAGUAAUAGCAAGAAAUAACAAUACGCAGGUUGUGCUCAUGGGGAUUUUAGGUACUUAGAUCGGAUUUGUGUUCUUUUCCUGUGUGGUUGGAUUGCUAGAAUUGAAGAGUUCUAUGUGGGUAUCGAGUUUCAUGGGAUAUUUUCGUUCUGUAUUGUAUGUCUGAGAUCUAAAGGUAUCGACAUAUCAUGUUGAGGAAAUAGUUCAUGUCUGCUUCCUGCAACUCCUUAAUUUAUAUCUGAUCUAAAACUCUCCUUUAUUUUUGUCCA